AUGGCAAGAAUUAGCAAUGCUAUUGACGGACAGAAUUUCACUGGAGGGGAUCCUUUCCCUGUACAUUCUGCAAAGAAAACCCUAGUUGUAACAAAAAAAAAAACAAAGAAGUCCUUAAAGGGAAGAGAGAGAGAGAGAGAGAGAGUAAGGGACGGCGACGUCGAAAGCAAAUCGUAUUCUGUUGAAAUGGAGUUACCUGAAGCCGUUGUAAUGGAGGUUCUGUUGCGGCUGCCAUUGAAGUGUCUCUGCAGAUGCAAGUGUGUCUCAAAGACCUGGUGCUCAAUCAUCUCUGAAAUAAAAAAACUGCAUUGCGUUCGCAACUUAGGCAUCGUCAUCUCCAAUUUCGGUUGUUCAACUUCGAGCUCCUUCUUCCAAUCGAGGAUCGGUCUUAAUAUCCCUCCUCCUCAUUUUAUCAGGCAGCAGUUGGGUGGUGGUGAGUAUGAAUCUGCAGAAAUUGGAUUCACAGAAGUAAUCAAUGGCCUCUUUUGUUUCUACACUCCAGCCCCAGCUGGUGAUCUUACUCUCUGCAAUUACUACACUUUUGAAACAAGGAAGCUCCCGCUCCCAAAGUUUUACCGCUGGACACAUAAAAGUCAAUUCUAUUUAGGAUUUGAUCCGUUGAGUGGCUCCUACAAGCUGCUUAGCCUUGGUUGCCUUCGCGAUCAUGAUGUUGUUAUUUACCGAGAGAUUCUUACCCUAGGAGGAGUGAACGACGACGAGGACAUCACUAUCGGUUCUUGGAUAAAGAUGUGCCCUGUUGAUUUUCUACCAGUGAUAGAUGUGUUGUUCACACCAAGUGUUUGCAUUAACCAGUUUCUGUAUUGGUUGGUUAAAUCCAAGGACAAUACCCGGAAAAUACUGGCAUUUAACCUUACAGUACAUCAUUUCUAUGAUAUCUCCCUCCCUAAACAUCUUACAGAUUUAUUGACAGCCAGGAUAGUGAACUUCAGGGGAAGUUUGGCGGUGGGAUGCCUGGGGAAUGUCACGGCGGAUGCAGUUACCCAUUCAAGGAAGCUAAGGAAAUUGAAUCUCUGGGAAUUGAAUGGCUCGCGUUGCUGGCUCAAACAUUCCAUCACCUUACCUGGAGAAAUGGUAAGGUGUAAUAGAGAGAGCUGGUGCACUGUUGGUAACCUUCCAACAGAUGCAGGUGUGUCUCAAAGACCUGGUGCUCAAUCAUCUCAGAAAUCAUAAUCUGCAUCACAUUCGCAACUUAGGCAUCGCCAUCUCCAAUUUCGGUUGUUCAAUGUCAAACUGCUUGUUACAAGCAAGGCUCAUCUCGGAAACAAUAAUAUCCUUCCUUCUAUCAAACAGUUUCAUGGUGAAUAUGAAUCUGCAGAAAUUGGAUUCAAAGAAGUUGUCAAUGGCCUCCUUUGUUUCUAUAUCGAGCUCUUGACCUUACUCUCUGCAACUCCUGCACUUUUCAAACAAUGACACUCCCACUCCCCCUCAUUUCACUGCCAUAAUAAUUAUUACCUCAAUUCUAUUUCGGAUUUGAUCCUUUUGUUUUUUUGAGAACAACAGCAAAAAAUCUAGUGGAGUCCAUCUCUAAAUCUUUCAAUAGGAGAGCAAUUCUCGGGAUUACCCAGUCAAAACAAUCUCUUCUAAAUGAAAUGGACUAAGAGUUACCACUCCAGCACUGAGAGACAAGAUUAUCAGCUGUAUCAGUGAGGUUAUAGAGAUCAUGUAUUUAGUCAUAAGUGGAGUAUACCAACCCAAGCGUCCUGCCAGAAACGAGUUUCCAUACCAUUUCCAAGCUGGAUCUUUGUAUUAGCUUUAAAAGUGGACCAGGAGCAACUGAUGUGUUUCCAGAGGAUUACCUCAUGAGAGGAUAGGACAGGGCCUGUGUGCCAAGGGCCAUAUUUGCUAGAAAUUACCCUUCUCCAAGAGCAUCUUGUUUAUUUUCCAUAUCUCCACAGCCACUUCAAAAGCAAACUAUCAUUGUGUGAUUUAAAGUUCCUAAUGCCGCGUACUAUUCUCCAGCAAAACCUUGUCCCACUUCACCAAAUGAAACGACCUCCUAUCCUUGUUAUCCUCCCAUAAAAAGUCCCUUCUAAUCCUGUCUAGUUUCUUUUUUACACUCAUAGGCAUCGGAAAUAAAGACAUAAGAUAAGUGGGGAGAGAGUCAAGAACACUAUUAAUGAGAAUAACCCCACCUCCCAAUGAAAGAUACUGACUUUUCUACAUGGCUAAUCUCAUUUCGCACCUAUCAAUUUUUUGCCAUAUCUGUUCUGAUUUGUAUCUCGCACCUAAAGGCAUACCCAGAUAAUCAGUAGGAAGCUCACCAAUUUGACAAACCAAGACUUCUCCUAGCCUCUCGAUAUCCUGGACAUCAUUGAUAGCAUACAUGGAGCUCUUUCCCAAAUUUAUCUUUAGACCCGAAACUGCUUCAAAAAGUACUAAGAUAGCCCUCGGGUAUCUUAAUUGUGAUUCUUCUGCACUACAUAAAAGAGUAUCAUCUGCAUAGAGAAGGUGAGAGACUUCUACUUCAAUGUUCUCCAAUGUACCUGGUCUGAAGCCUUUGAUCCACUGUAGAGACAUAGCUUUGCGUAGCAUUGAGCUUAAACCCUCCAUAGAUAAAUAAGAAAGGGAUAAUGGAUCCUUUCAGUGGUUCCUACAAACUGCUCAGCCUUGGUUGCAUCUUAGAUCUAGUUAUUAUCCUAGAUAUUUUCACCCGUGGACGAGGAGCAGUAGACAUGACUAUUGGUUCUUGGAUGAAGUUUUUUCGCAUCUUCAAGGAGAAGUAGAUGGGA